AUGGUGCUAAUGCCGCACCCAACGCCCGAGGGGCGCGGGGCAGACACGGGCAGGGCCGGGCCAGGCCGCAGGGCUCACCCCCGGCAGGGCAGGUUGACCAAUGAAGAGCUAGAUUCCCGGGCGGGGGCGGGACUUUACGGCCCCACAGCCAAUGGGCGCGGGAGGCGGCGGGUGAUUGACGGGCGGGCGGCGGCUGCGGCGGGCGGGGCGCGGCGCCCUUCCCGUGGUGCCGCGGGAGCGGCGGCCGCAGCGGCCGCGACUUCAUCCGGGUCCCGCAAGCUCACUGGAAGGUCCGGAAGUGCCGCCCCCGGGAGCCUCCGGCGCCAGUGGUGGAAAACAUCAGUUCAUUUGCAAAUAGUGAAAGGCUCCCAGGACUUAGAGAGGUCACACAAAACCCCCAUGGAACGAGCACAUUUGAGGCGGGAGCCUGCAUCAGUCACUUGGGAUGCUCAGCACAGCUGGAGAAGCCCUGUUCUCGAGCUGCCCUUGCUACGAAGGUGAGAAUGACACCUGUGGAACACGACUGGUAAUUCUACAGAAACUUAAUGACUGUUGUUGCUGUGACUGCUACAGCUUGCUUACUUAAGACCCAGGCAUUUGGUAAAAUUUUGAAAUAUGGAAGCCUUAUUUUUAAAAUAACUUCCUUCUGUGACUAGGGGGACCAAGGGGAAGGCUUUCUCUGUGGUAUUAUAAAUGCUGUCUGCAGCUAGCCUGACUUGUCUUGACUGAAGCAGCAAUCCUGCCCCAGCUCUGAAGAUGCCUGCACUGUGGGAUGAGGUAGUAGGUUGUAUAGUUUUAGGGUCAUACCCACCACUGGGAGAUAACUAUACAAUCUACUGUCUUUCCUAAAGCAGCAGAUAAUCGACAAUGGAAGCUUUUCAGUUUUAAGCUCAAUGUCAGAUUUUGCUGAACUUAUCUACUUGUAAUGCUUAUGACAGGACAAAAUACUUGUGUAACAGCUGUGGGAAUUGUGUUUAGAUUUUUCUAGUUCUUGGAAAAGCUAGGUUUCAUUUUGCAUUAAUUUUUCUGCCCUAAUGAGUAAAAGGUUAAGAACAGAUUUUUCCUGUAUGUGUAUGGUGGGGUAAUCAAAUACAGAUUCUUGGUGUUCCAGUUGUUGGGGUGUUGUAUCAAACAUCCUUCAGAAUGAAACUGAGGUUGGCUGCUGAGCUCUUGCUGAAGUCUGUGCUUCUCUGUCAGAGUGAGGUAGUAGAUUGUAUAGUUGUAGGGUAGUUAUUUUACCCUGUUCAGGAGAUAACUAUACAAUCUAUUGCCUUCCCUGAGGAGUAAAACAAACUGCGCUCCCUUGCAGCCAGUACUGGGCUAAAAACACUUGUGGAAGUGAAACCAGAUGAAUUCAGGGUUGGAAAGCAGCAGUGCCAGAAUCUACAGGACUGACAGUCAUUGUAAGUGGUACAGCCCCCACAGAAUAUCCUUGACUUAACAUAACUUUGCUCCCAAGUUGAGUGGCAUAGUGCUGGCUGGGAAUGGAAAAUGCCUAUUCUUUAGGUAGAGGGUAGAACACUCCACAGAGGGAAGCAAUUCCAAGCCACUUAGAAGAACAUGAAAUACAGGGAGCUCAAGCUUGUACAUUGUGACUUAAACUCUUUGGGCACCCCAAUUUCCAUAAUGCAUUCAAGCUCCAUGACAGAAGUUGGAGGAAAAACUUAAAAUUACCCUUGAUUAAGUCUGCAUGUUUUUCUGCAGCUUUUCCAGAUCUAAUGCAAAAUUUAAGUGUUGGCCAAUUUUGGCCAAAAAUGACUACUCACCUUUCUGGGGUUUUGUGAAACUAUGGAGUUUGAGCAUCCAAGAGCCGGAACUUUUCUCUGAGGUGGUAUUGUUUCUAUAAAAAGACUUGUAAAGUUUAUUGCAUUCUCUUUCCUCCUGCUGUGCUUGGUGUACCCAGUCUGGUAACUGGUUCUGUGCUAGCAUGCCCAGCAAGCAGCUUGCUGUAGUAACAAAAAACCCCACAGAAAUAAAUGCUUUUUGGGAUGGGAAGUUCAGCUUAGGGAGAGUGAAAAUGGAGCCAUUGGUGAGUGUUACAGGCAGCGAGCCACUGUUUGUCAGUGCUGCAGUGUCACCUCGGAGUGUGUGCCCAGCCAGGGCAGAAGAGCAGAGCAGCUGGGGAGCUAAAGCCCUGCAGAGAGUGAAGAACUGCACAGAGGAAGCGUGGGGCUCCUAGGAAGAGGUAGUAGGUUGCAUAGUUUUAGGGCAGGGAUUUUGCUCACAAGGAGGUAACUAUACAACCUGCUGCCUUUCUUAGGGCUUUGUUAUAACACCAGGACCUUUUGGGCUCCAGCCUGCAAACUGAAGCUUUGGGACAUGGAGAGAAAGGACAAGGAAUUUCUAAGCUUACUGGGGCUUAAUGAAAACUGUGUCUUAGCAGAUUUGGUUCCCAGUGGAAGUGUAGGAAUGCUGGCUGGAAUGCAGCAUGGUGACAUUGGGGCUGCACAUGCCACUUUGGAGACACUGGGCUGUGGUAAGUAAGAGGCUGUGCUGGGAAGGCAGCUCCUUCCAGAGUGAGCUGGAGGCCCCUGAGGUUAGGGUGGCGGUGGUGUGAGCUGGAUAUCACAGUACUGGUACUGUGUGCUCACAGGGAGCUGAAAUACAUCUUCCUUUGGCUUGGUGCAUUUCAAGUGGAAAAACUCCAGUUUUCUUUCCCCAAAAGUAUGAGAUUCCAGUUCCCCUGAAAGCUGGUGCUUUCUCACCAGGCAUGGGCACUCCCAGUUCUCAGUGGUGCAUUAUUUACAGUGCUGCAGGAGGGAAGUUUCCAGUUAAAAAUGGUGGUGUGGUUUCACAUGGAAUUGUUAAAAAUCAGUCCAUGUUUUUGAUGUGAUUGCAGUGCACCACCGCAGUAGUUCUGGUAGGGCUCCAGCUGGGCACUGUUCUGUGGGGUAGUAUGAUGUCAGUUCUGAGCACCUUGCAGCAUUAAUGUGCUGUGCUCACACCAGCCACUAUUUAAAUUGCAAAUCAGACACAGUCCUAGCUUAUAAACAUGUUAAGUAUUGCUUAUAUUGAACAUUUUGUGUGAAUUUAACUGUACUUUUUUAUUUAGUUAAUAAAAUACAGCAUUUUGUGCAA